AUGUUUCCUAUAAGAAAACAAUUGUCUGGAGCAGAAAAAAGGAAGAAAAAACAAAAGGAAGAAGCUUUAAUUCAAAGCCAAGUAGGAAGUCUUAAUAAGUACUUCACUAACAACCAAAAAGCAGAGCAAACAGAAGUAGCUGAACAACUGAAUCAGGAUGACACUGAUAAUAAGUUGAAUGAUCAGAAAUAUAGUGAAUUGAAUGAACUUCAAAAUGAAGACCAAAAACAAUAUGAAAAUGAUAAAGUUGAAGUCAAUAUGCCUGAAAAUAACAGUGAUGAAGAUAUAAAUCAAGAGAUUGUGUUCCCUUUAAAUGUUGAUGAUCCAGGAAAUUGGGACAAAAUACACUUCAAUCCUUCACAUUAUAAAAGGCAAUUGCCAAAUAGUGAGAAAAGUGACAGAAGAUGGCUAGUGUAUUCUAUUUCUAUGGACAAGAUCUUUUGUUUCUGUUGCAAGUUAUUCAAGACUCAAAGAACCACAAUGAAACUUGGUCAUCUAGCUGACGAAGGAUACAAAGAUUGGAAGAAUAUCAGUCGAUGUCUCAGUCUUCAUGAAACUAGUAAAGAUCAUAUUGAUUGCAUGACUAGUUGGAUUGAAUUAGAAAGAAGACUUCGAAAGAAAAAGACAAUUGAUGAAAAUAUACAAGUAGCAAUUAACAAGGAGAGAGAACAUUGGAAACAAGUAUUGAAGAGAAUAAUUGCAGUUGUACAAAGAAUUGCGAAGAAUAACUUGCCACUUCGAGGAGAUAAUGAGAAGCUUUAUGUUGAGAAUAAUGGAAUCUUUUUGCAGCUAAUUGAAAUGAUUGCUGAAUUUGAUCUAAUAAUGGAGGAACACCUUCAGCGUGUUCAAGAAAGACAGAUUCAUUACACUUAUCUUGGACCCAAAAUCCAAAAUGAAUUGAUACAGAUGUUGACGGCUGAAGUAAGAAGUUCAAUUGUUGCAAAAAUUAAACAUGCAAAGUAUUUCACUAUCAUACUUGAUUGCACUCCAGAUGCAAGUCACGAGGAGCAGAUGCCCCUUGUAAUUAGAUGUGUGGAUGAUUCAGAAAAUGCAAUAGCGUUUGAAGAAUUUUGGAUUGGAUUUUUGAAAGUUAAUGAAACUUCAGGACUUGGGCUUUUUACAGAGCUUAAAAAUAUUUUGAACAAUCUCGAACGUGACAUUGAUAAUAUAAGAGAAAAUAUGGAUAUUGAUAUUGCUAUUAGACAAUUAAAAGGACUUAUUUCUUCUCUCCAAGAGUUUAAAGAAUCUGGAUUUGAUCAAGCAUUAAUUGAAGCUGAACAUAUUGCAAGUGAAAUGGGAAAUGAACCUAUUUUUCGAGAAAAACCCAUCAUCCGAAGAAAGAGACAAUUUGAUGAGAUCAAUAGUGAAGAGUUACAGUUGCAUCUGCUGAAAGGAGUUUUUCCAAGUUGA